AUGAGUAGAUUAUUCUCCUGGCUUCUUAAAGCGAACAAUGUUCCAACAACACCCGCAUGUCGUGAGAUAUACUUCGAAUUUCUGAUCAAGGAUAAACGUCUCAAAGAGUUGACCACGUGUCUGCAGAGAAAAAGCGAUCGAUCGGAUUGCAUCAAUGGAUUUUUUAAUUUAUUAUCGAAACUACCUGACGACGCUUAUAUGGACGAAGUAUUUGAAUUAAUCAUAACAAAAUCUCGAUUACCACCUACACAAAUCGCAAGGCUUGUUGUUGAUAGGUUAUCUCAAGCAAUAUCUUCGAAAGAUUUUGGUUUAUUCGAAAGAAUUCUUCGAUUACCGUUUUCCUUAAUUCAAAUUCCUUUAUCAACCUAUGAUGCAUCUCGAUUCAUAUCUACAUGUUCAGAUUCAGAUCAAGUAACGCGCUGCUUAUCAAUUUUAAUAGAGAAAAAUCUCCGUUUCGAUCCUGAAUAUCCUUCAUGGAUAUUAAUCCUUCUUAUCGAACAUUAUAAAACUGGAGAGGAAAUUGUCAUUGAAAAUUUUCUACGUGAGCAGAGGAAUGCACAAUUUCUAUACGUACAAUAUGGAGAUUGUCGUGUCACACCUCUCAUGAUUUUCUUACACUUAUAUUCGAAUCCGAAAUGUCAAGCAAUUAUCGAUCAGCAACUAUCAAAUAUCCAAGAUCCAUCUGUGCUACUGCAAUAUGAUCGAUGGAAUCGAUCGUAUCUAAUGCAUCUCAUUUGUACCGAAUGUCAGCACGUUGUCAACACAGCUUCAACUACGCUCCUUUCGAAUGAUCUCACUGAAGUCAAUGACGAAUUCAUCAAACAAUGCCCAUGUGCAUCGGUAAUAUUCUCACAGUUUGUACGUCUUUAUGAAUUAGGAAACAAAUUUGAAGCACCUGUGAAAACAAUAUUUAAUUCGCGGUUGUGUUUUCCACUACGGAUGAAAUUAUUUAACUAUUUAUGGGAAAAUAAUGCAGCAGAUCAAAUCAAACUUGAUGAUUUCUUCGUUAACUUUCCCUCGAUGUUCAUCUCGAACUAUCAGUAUUACCUAAAGCGUUUAGUUCAUAAUCGAAAUCUAGAUCAAGCUCUUACAUCUGUCGUUCUCAACUCCAGAGAUCAUUCUCAACGUGUCGACGCUAAAAUCACAUUUCUUUUACGACAAGGCGCACGAAUCAACGAUAUGAACGUUAUUUCAUCGAUCAUUCUCUCUCUCCUAAAUGGUGUUCAAUCAUCAACUCCAUUUAUGUUACUCGAUUAUGAUAUGCCGAUCAAAGUCGAUUCCCAGCUAUUAUCGAGCACUUCAACUCGUAACAAGACUUUGUACAUACUCCGUGCUGCCCAAUGCGGCUAUACUAAUGUAUCUCAAUCGCGGUUUGAAUGUUUUAAGUCUACCCAAAGUCAAUUCAUGAUAUCAAUGAUAGAUAAACUGGUAGAUAUAAAAAGUCCAACGAGUCUAUCGAAUUUAUGUCGGCGAAAGCUUCGAAGAUCGCUAAAAAAUUUAGGCGAUGACAUCAUGAAUAAAUUAAAUGAAAUUCUACCAAAUCGAUUAGUUCAAUCGAUAAGAUUAUACGAGUAUCAUAAAUGGCUUACAUUUUAUCAUAACGCACCGUAA